AUGUCUUCCAAAGCCAGAUCUUCAUCCGCCACGAACGGCGAAGAUCCACCGCGGAAGAAGCCAUCGCCGGCGACAAAACCUACGUCGAUAUCGAUCUGGUCACUUCCUCACGUUUUGCUUCUAGACUGCUUAGCCCGCAUCUCUAGAUUGUACUAUCCAACUCUCUCCCUCGUCUCCAAAAGCUUCCGAUCCAUCAUCGCUUCACCGGAGCUUUACGAGACCCGAAAACGCCUAAACCGUACGGAGAAGUGUCUCUACAUAUGCAUACGCUUCCCUUUUGAUACCGAAACACAUUGGUCCACUCUCUGCCGUCUACCAACUCGAAAAAUAGCCAACGAGUCUAGUGGCUAUUUCACGGAGCUAAUCCCAUCUCCCAAGUACUUGCGUCCUUCGCAGUCGUCCACUCUCGUAGCCGUUGGAUCUGACAUCUACAAAAUCGGCGGCGCUGAUGAUUUGUAUCAAUGCAAAAUCUGGAAGAGAAACUAUUCUUCUAGUGUCUCGAUCUGUCCUUGA